CAGAAAUUCACAUUUCGGGCUAUUUACACCAUCGAUGGUAUCACUAAUGUUGCCAUAGAUGGUAUUUUUGUUUCUUCAUUUGUUUUAUUGAUUGAUUUUCGACAGAAUUCUUGUCCAUUGUUUCAAAAUAAUGGAUCAUCUUUAUUCUGUUUUUGGUUAUGAUGUUGCACCAUAUCAUCGACAUUUUCUUGAAGAUGGCUCUUCAAAUGUCAUUUCAUCUCUGUCUAAUAAUAAUAUUUUGGCAUUCACAUCGAAUUUUGAUCUUUUAGAUGAUUCAGAAGAAAAUAAUCUACUCAAAACUAGAGUAUAUGUUGUAGAUUUAAAUCUACCAUAUCAUCCAUAUCGGGUUAAAGAUCAUGAUGAAAACAUUACAGUACUGGAAUGGGAUAAUAAAGGUGCUAAACUUUUAAUAGGUGAUGAUAUGGGUACCAUUGAAAUAUGGUCAAUGCGUGAUUUUCUACUUUCCGAUUGGCAACGUUUAGAUCAUCAUUCAUGUUGUUUUGCCGGUGAUCGUAUCAUUGCCGGCAUUUGGUUUCAUUCCGGACAGAAAAUGAUGGUUAAUUAUGAUAAAAAAGAUCUGGAUGUUCAAUAUCAGGAAAAAUUCAACCAUAAUCGUUUACAAGCAUCUGUCGUACAAUUCGGUAAUAAACAUACCGAUGGUUAUCUUUGUAUCACUAGCACCGGUUUCGUCUACGCACAUCUUUUCUGUUCGGAUGGAAAAAUACUUCAAGAAUAUGAUAUAUUGAACAAUAGCCGAGCAAAUAUUGAACUAAUCGAUAUUGCCUAUAUGGAAAAUGGAUCAUUUUUAGUGAUAACAUCCAACGGUAAUUCUCAUAUGCCAAUUCAUUGUUUUACCGUUUCUGUUUCUUUGAAUUUGGCCGAAAAUCAAACACAAAAACUCAAGAUUCAUUGUCAAACACAUGAAAGUUUCAAUAUGGAUUGUGCCUUAUUGAAUAAUCAAUCAUCGAAUCAAUCCGUACAUAAUUAUCCGAUUGUAAGUCGAUUGAAAUUUAUAGUUCGAGAAUGUCCGGAUGCUGCAGUGGUUAUAGCAUCCGGUAAAAAAGGUUCAAUCAUUGAAUUAUGGGAACUAUGUAACGUAAAUGUUUCUUUCAAUAAUGUUAUAAAAAAUUUGAAAAAAAUGGAUCAAAAUCAAUCAAUUACCGAACGUCGAUGGAAAUUCAAUAUGAAUACCAUUUCAGCUCAUUAUGUAUCAGCUUUAUCGACUCCUGCUUCGUUAUUGUUCGAAACGAAUCCACCAUUAUCAUAUAUAAUGGUAGCGUACACUGAUAAAACCAUAAAAUGUUUAUAUCGACAAAAUCUUCAAUCAUUAGUUACUGUUGAUUUGACUGCAACAACGAAUCAUUCAAGUCUGAAUAAUAAUGGUACUCGAAUGUUCAAUCAACAGGAAAUGAUGUCAGAAAAAUUAUCGAUCAUCCGUGAUAUCCGAUUAACAUGGAGUAGCUGUGCUAUGGUAGCAAUUGAUUCAUUUUCACAGCUACAUUUUUUCCGUCUAUCACCAAUGAUUGAACCUUGUAAUCAGAUGAGCUUAAAUUUUGCUCAACUAAUGCUUGAAUAUGCAUUAAUCUCCGGUAAUGAUUAUUGGGACAUAUUGAUCAGUAUUAAACCACAAUUUGUCGAUAUACUAUGUGAAAAAAUUACCGAAAAUUUUUGUGGAUCACGACAGCCACCAUAUGUACAGCAAAAAUGGUUCGAUAAAGUAUUACAACUUAAAGCUGCAUUAUAUCGUUGUGUGAAUUCCGGUCCAACAUCAUACAAGUCGGGCGAUUAUUAUGCUAUGAAAAUGUUGAAUGCGAUUGCCGAAACAAUCAAACGUUUAAUUCGUGCUCGUGAAUAUCAAGAGAAUGAAGGUCCAGCCGAAAAGCUUAGUUCAAUGAUACAAACAAAACCCGUUUGCACUUCGGAUAUUCAACAAUUUAUAACCAUUGAUAAAGUAUUGGUUAAAUUGGAUUCAAAAGAUUUUUGUGUCGAAGCAGCUAUUCAACAAUCAUUUCAACAUUUAUUACAAUGGGUAUGCGAUUUAGCUUUAUAUCUUUUGGCAUCGAUUCCACAACAAUGUCAUCAGCCACAAUUUAGAAUACCUGGGUCUGGCCUAUUGUUCGAUGUUAAAUCAUUGAAUACAUUACGAGAAUUAUUGGUAAUCAUUCGUUUUUGGAGUCUAAUCAAUGCCAAUUAUGUUCCUACUUUCUAUAAGAUGCAUGAAAAUAUUGAUGUCAUAUCAACGACAUUUAAACUAUUGUCCAAAUUGGUUCUUUCAUCGGAAAAAAUUGAUGAAACAAUUAUCGAUGAAUGUUGUGUACUGCCCAAUCAGGUUAUGAUUCAUCAGAUGGAUAUUUGUCUUAAAUCGAUUGGAAUUGCAAGCCCUGCAUUAUUCAGCCAUUUUUUGCCAUUAAUUCUACAUUAUGGUAUCGAAUCACCAUCAUUAGAAUAUACGGUAAAAGUUCCUAUCAUUGAAGGCACAUUCAACAUUCAUGGCGAUCGACGAAUUGAUGUUUUACGUAAUAUUUCACUUGGUUAUGUGGAUGAAAAUAUUAACGAAUUGAUUCGGUCAUGUACAAGAUGUAAUUCUGUAUCAUCAAUAAAAUCGACAACACGAUCACCGGCAGCACGAGCAUGGGAUCAACAAUGGGUGAAAAAAUGUGUUUGCGGUGGAUCAUGGCGUGUACAUGCAUCGAAAAAUUUAUCAUCCAUUACGAAUAAUAAUGAUUUUGGUCUGAUUAAUUUCUCUUUGAUGAGUACUACUAUUUGAUUUUGGUUUUAUUCAAAUUCUUUUCAUCCAUCAUCAUCAUCAUCAUCAUAAUCAAUAUUUUUUUUCAAGCAUCCAAUUGUAAUGA